AUGAAGACUCUAUUCGUCUCGACUCUUGCUAUCACGCUUAGCGUUGCGUAUGCUGCCUCCAAGUGCGAUCUAUCGGCCAUUGAGUCGUCACUGAAGUCCGACAAAAGAACCAAGACCACAAUGAGUACGGCUCAGCCAGGAUGCCUCGAGGACACGGGAUACGACAUCUUUGACAUUUCCGUCUUUCCAACGCUGAAACAGUCCCAGGAUGCUCAGUUAAGCAACUAUUGCUCGCAGCUUAUUAACACUGUCAACGGACAAGCUAAUGUUGCUAGCCAAUGCACGAUCGAGGCGAACGGAACAACCAUUACCUAUGGAACCCUUAUCAGUGCCUUUCUUAAUGGUAAGACGGGCAACGAGUCCGACUCGGGCAGCGGAUCCGUCGAAUUGGUAAAUGAGAGCAACUCGAACUCGUUUGAAGACGACAGCAGCUCGUCAACUUUGUCCUCAUCCUCUACAUCUGGCUCAGGUACCACCGCUAUGUCCUUUGUCACGUACGGUGCCAUUAUUGCUAUUGCUGCUGCGCUUCGUUAG